AUGUCAUCGGUACCGCAUGGCGAUGUGGACCUAGCCGAGGCGGUCCCUGCUCUUGUCGGGAGUAUUUUAUCAGCGAUUGGAACGCUAUUUAUUCUUGCGACCUACUACUUCAUUCCACCGAACCCAACGCAUAUUAGACACACCUUGAUCAGAAAUUUGGCUGUAGCGGAAUUUGGCCUACAUUUUACCACUAGCAUCAGCGGCUUCAUGAUUGUGGGCAGAGGUCGAGAUCUCAACGACGGACCUGGAUGCGUUCUCAGCGGCUUCACAACCCAAUUGUUCUCAACAGCCAUUGACUUCAAUAUGCUGGUAAUCUUAAUGGUUCUCUCCUAUAUGACUUACCGCGGCUUCAAUUUGAAAAAACCUCGGCGCUCCGUCACACUUGGACUUAUUAUCACUCCUUGGCUCUUUCCAAGCAUUACUGCAAUCAUUGGUCUUGCAGAGAAUCUCUACCAUCCAGUUUCGGGAAACUGGUGUUGGGUUGAUGCGAAUCCCGUUUAUCUCAGGUUUGUAUUCAAAUAUGGAAGCUUGUUUGCUAUUAUGAUUGCUCUGGUCGCGAUGGGGUUGUUUAUACGCAUCUAUCUCUUGAAGCAGAAGGUAGCCUCUCCAGAGGAGGGUCAUAGGCCUGAGGUCUUGUCGGCAGAGUCGGAAAAGAAGGACAAACCCCAAUACACGUGUAGUGAAGUGGAAAUUGACGCGGAGGCGGUAUCCCCAACGCAGUCUGACAAGAAAGACAAGAAUGAGUACACGUGUACUGAAGUUGAAGAAAUCGAGGUUGGUGAUGAAGACGAAGCAUUGGUGAUGUCCGAAAGAAGAAGAACACUGCAGCUAUUGAGUGGAUACCCUAUCUUUUACGUCAUCUUAUGGCUACCUGGAAUCGCCAACAGAGUAGCGGAAGCGACAGGACAUCCGUCUCGAGCCCUAGCAAUCGCACAGUCGACCAAUUCAUAUGUUGGGUUUGCCAACGCUGUCACCUUUGGAUGGAGUGAGGUUAGGCGUCAAUUCGGGGUCCAUAAAAUGUUGGAGUUAACGCUAGGAUUUAUCUUGAGCGGUUGAAAAGCGUGUUCAUUCUGU